UCGACGCCCAGUUACUCGUGAGUGUUUCGGUUAAAUUUUGUGUAUUUCUUUCUUUGAUGCUAUUCGCAUUUUGCUAUGGGUUAAAUCGUGAAAAAUAUCAUUCGAUACACUUGAGCAUAUAGUCGAAUGAUAAUAUUCUAGAUUAGAAGCCGACAGAUUUGACAAAAUACCAAAAAUGGCGAUCUGAAAAAACAAUUAUUUCGUAGCAGUUCUACGUAUAAUUGGAUCGUCUGUUGAAAAAUUGGCGAACACAGAGAGACAAAUCAGAAAACGAGGAAAAAUGCAGACAAUUAAAUGCGUUGUGGUCGGGGAUGGUGCAGUGGGUAAAACUUGUCUGUUGAUUUCAUACACUACAAAUAAGUUUCCAUCCGAGUAUGUACCAACAGUAUUUGACAAUUACGCUGUGACUGUUAUGAUCGGUGGUGAACCAUAUACCUUAGGAUUGUUCGAUACAGCAGGUCAGGAGGAUUACGACCGACUACGUCCAUUAAGUUAUCCUCAAACUGACGUGUUCCUUGUUUGUUUCUCGGUCGUGUCACCAUCAUCCUUCGAAAAUGUUAAAGAAAAGAGAUUCCUAAACUCGGAAAUUGUGCAGUGGGUUCCAGAAAUAACUCAUCAUUGUCAAAAGACUCCAUUCUUAUUGGUGGGUACUCAGAUUGAUUUGCGAGAUGACGCGGCAACUAUAGAGAAACUUGCAAAAAACAAACAAAAGCCUAUAUCAGCCGAACAAGGUGAAAAACUUGCCAAAGAACUGAAAGCAGUCAAGUAUGUGGAAUGCAGUGCUCUUACACAGAAAGGUUUGAAAAACGUGUUCGACGAAGCGAUCUUAGCAGCGUUAGAGCCUCCAGAGCCAGUUAGAAGAAGACGAUGUAUCGUUUUGUAGAGAGCAACUAACGUGGUUUUUAAAGUCUAUUAGCGCUGUUCGGACGAUGAUUGCUGUAUGAGCUUGUCAUACGGUGCAUGCGAAAAUACUUUUCGACUAACGAUAGUUCGUCUGUUUAUCGGUACGAUCUAUCUUUCGUUUUUCGAUUCAUUCGAUACAUACUCGAUUCGAAGGGGGGAGGGGGAGGAAAAAACAAAAAUUCAUCCAGAAAAGAUGAAGACAAGCAUUUUAUGUAUAAGAGGUACGCAUGUAUAUUAAUUAUGUGUGUACAUGUGCAUGUAUAUGUGUAUGUUCGCAUACAUUUAUAUGUGCACACAAGCGCGCGCGCACACACACAUAUACACAAACACAUACAGAAAGACACUCCUACAUUUAUCCUUUCGUCGACUGGUUCAUCGAAGAAAGAUAAUUGACAGUUGGUUUAGUUUCUACUUGAAUCAGCUCGAGGCAGCGGGCAAAUAUCAAUCGGUUCUUGGCAAUCGCGUGGAAGGAACAAUGUAAUUAUUGACAACCGUAAACAUCUACACGAAUUUCGUAUCAAGAAUACCUGUAAAACAUUCUUCUAUUUAAUAUGUAAGACGUUUUUAUUGAUAAAUUAGUAGUGUGAAUUUUUUAAUAAAUCAGUUUAAAAAAAAAAAAAAAAAGAA